AUGGAACAAGUCCCGAUGGCUUCAAAUCCAUUUUCACACGCUUCUGCAUUCCGCAAAGAAAGUGUUGACUCGACACUUCGUUUUGCUUCCCAACACAAAAGGCCUUUGUAUGCCUUAACUCUCGACUUAAUUACGACUUUAAAAGUACAACAACGCCCACUAAACAGUUACAAGUAUCUGACUGAUAUGUCAGAGCCAUAUAGAAACAAUGGAAAAGACAAUGCGGGGUAUGGGUUGAUAGUAGCAGUUGAUGAUUACAUCGGAUCCAUGUAUUCCAAAGAAGAAGACGGAUGUUCGUACAUUCCCGAAUCGCAAUAUGUAGUCAUAUCUUCAUUAGGAAGUGGGACGUUUGGGCAAGUAUUUAAGUGUCGCAAUUGUAAAGAUAACACACUUGUUGCCAUCAAAAUUCUUCGUUCCAAACUAGCAUUCUUCCGGCAAGGGAUGUUGGAAAUAGCCGUGUUAACUGCUUUGCGUGAUUUAGUAGAUACCGAAGGGAAGUACCAUACCAUUAAAAUGGUUGAUUAUUUCUUGUAUUAUGGUCAUGUGUGUAUAGUCACCGAGUUGUUAUCAGUAAGUUUAUAUGAUGUGUUACGGAGUCACAACAACGUAGGUAUGGGCCUCACAUUUAAUCGGCAAGUUCUUCGACAAGUCUUGGAGAGUUUGCAUGGCCUUUCCACGAUGAAUAUCAUUCACUGUGACAUUAAAACUGAAAAUUUGUUAUUAAUUGGAAAUACAGCAGACAUUAAAUUGAUUGAUUUUGGAAGUGCGUGUUUUGAGCGGUCGACUCUGUACACUUACAUUCAAUCCCGGCAUUACAGAGCAAUUGAAAUUAUUCUUGGAUUGCCAUAUUCGUGUGCGAUUGAUAUGUGGUCCUUUGGGUGUGUAGCGGCCGAACUAUUUUUAGGUAUUCCAUUAUUCCCGGGCGAAAAUGAAUACAACCAACUCCUCAAAAUUACAGAGAUCUUAGGGCCAAUUCCAGAUUUCUUAUUACAAAAAGGAACAAAGACGUGUAAAUAUUACAAUGGAAUUACUCAAAAUGGAAAGGUGGUGUAUAUUAUGAAAAGUCGAGCUGAAUAUGAACGUGAAAAUAAUGUCAAAUUGGCGGAAAACAGAAAAUAUUUCAAAUACACCAGUUUAAAAGAAAUUUGUGAAAACGUCCCAUUCCACAGAAACGCUUUUGUUCGAGAAAAUGACGGACAAUGGAGAGCAAUGUUCUACGACUUCUUGAAAAAAGUCCUCGACUAUGACCCAAUCAAAAGAUUAACACCUUCAGAGGCUUUAACUCAUCCCUUCAUUAAAUCAAAAACUACUAAACAAGAAUUAUUGAGUCUACCACUGCCUCUCAUUCCUCAAGACGUUUCUAUGGAAGACGUUGUUAGAAGAGUUUAUGGAAACCAAUAUAGUCUCUUUUACUUACAAACUCGAGAUCGGUUCUUCUCAAUCCAUCAUAAUUACUUCACCGCUUUCAUUAGAGCAUUAAAGUGUGGGUAUGUCCUUAACACGGUGUACCCAAAUCCAUUCAAAAACAAACCACUCAAAGUCAUUGCUCAAACAAAUUUCUCGUGGAGAUGUGCUGAAGAAGACAACAUCAUAUCUUGGGGGUCUAAUUCAGACUCUGAAGAGUCAAGAAGAACGUCAUCUUUACAAUCACCAAGUUCUUCAAUGUCACCUAGAAUAUCACUGAGGCCACCAAUAGCUGACCCAAGAAGAUUCACAACAAUGGUCAGAGAUACUGGCCAUUAUUCUUCAUUUGGAACGUACUCUCACUUCUGA